ACAUUCACACACUCACUUGCACACUUUCCCUCUCAGGCGUCCAUACACUGUCCACACACUUGUAAGACAGUGCUAGGGAGGACCACACACACACACACACACACACAGAAGCGCUCUGGACUUGUGGGACUCUGUUGGUUUUUGGCGUCGUCUUUGUUGCCUUCUUCUCCUCCUGGUCGUGUUUGUGUCGUCUGGCGGCGAGCGCAGGAUCCUCGGGCAGGCCAGGGAGUGGCUACAGCUGAGCUGGAAUGUGCGCCGAGACCGUGGAACAAGAGCAGCUCUGCUCUCCGGUGCUUUUUCCCUCCACUCUCUGAGUCGGACUUACACACUCUUUCUCUCUCUCUCUCUCUCUCUCUCUCUCUCUCUCGUUCUCUCUCUCUCUUUCGUUCUUUCUCGCUCGCUCACUCACUUUCUUUUUCCUGCCUCUCUGUUUCUCUCUCAGUUCUUCAUACGUUCACUUAUCUUUUGUUCCCCCUCUCUUCCUGCUUAGCUAUCAUUCUCUCUGACCCCUUCUCUCUCUCGCUCUCUCUCACACUCUCUUACUCUUGCGCUCUCUCACACACACUCUUGCUCUCUCUCUCACUCUCUCUGGCUCUCUGUCUUUUCCCCCCUCUGGACCGACAUUCCUGAAUUACAGCGGGGCUGUUUUGUCCCCCCACCACCACCACCUCUCUCUGCGUUGAAGAGCAGCAACCCGCCUCUCCGCUCGCCUCUUGUUCUUGUCUCCCGGGCUGCGCUCGCUCCGUGCCGGACUUCAGAUCACCGUUCCAUUGUUCUGGGACCUGCUGGGCUAUGUCCUGAUCUGGAUGCACACCUGGUGGGCCCGAAGACUCGUGUUUUGUGUGUGUGUGUGUGUACACACGCGUGUGAGGGUUGCAAUGUGGGACGGCGCGGCGGUAGCGCAGCUCGGUGUUCUGGACUGUUUGGUUUCCACGGUGAGGGCAGGAUGAAGCGCGGGGCCAGGGCUCCCCAUGUCACGCGCCGUUAGGCCGCAGCAGCCCGUCUAUUCGUGGAAGGGGGUGCUCAAGCUGUUCACGUGCAUCGCCUCCCGCACCGCCAGCAGCAAGCCCAAAGAGGUCGACCCAUUUCAGGAGAAGACGCGAGCCUUACUUGGGAAUCAUAUGGACGACGAAAUGAGUCGCCAGCCUGCCCCAGCGCUGCCCACAGGAACCUCCAAGAGCACCCCCUCCCAACGCGUCCCCACCCUGUCGGGCACCACCGCCUCGAACAGCGACCUGGCCAGCCUGUUCGAGUGCCCCGUGUGCUUCGACUAUGUGCUGCCGCCCAUCCUGCAGUGCCAGAGCGGCCACCUGGUGUGCAGCAACUGCCGGCCCAAGCUGACGUGCUGCCCCACGUGCCGCGGGCCGCUGGGCUCCAUCCGCAACCUGGCCAUGGAGAAGGUGGCCAACUCGGUGCUGUUCCCGUGCAAGUACGCCUCGUCGGGCUGCGAGGUGACGCUGCCGCACACGGACAAGGCCGAGCACGAGGAGCUGUGCGAGUUCCGGCCGUACUCGUGCCCGUGCCCGGGCGCCUCGUGCAAGUGGCAGGGCUCGCUGGACGCCGUCAUGCCGCACCUGCUGCACCAGCACAAGUCCAUCACCACGCUGCAGGGCGAGGACAUCGUCUUCCUGGCCACGGACAUCAACCUGCCGGGCGCCGUGGACUGGGUCAUGAUGCAGUCGUGCUUCGGCUUCCACUUCAUGCUGGUGCUGGAGAAGCAGGAGAAGUACGACGGGCACCAGCAGUUCUUCGCCAUCGUGCAGCUCAUCGGCACGCGCAAGCAGGCGGAGAACUUCGCCUACCGGCUGGAGCUCAACGGGCACCGGCGCCGGCUCACCUGGGAGGCCACGCCGCGCUCCAUCCACGAGGGCAUCGCCACCGCCAUCAUGAACAGCGACUGCCUGGUGUUCGACACCUCCAUCGCACAGCUAUUUGCCGAGAACGGCAACCUGGGCAUCAACGUCACCAUAUCCAUGUGCUGAGGACACCUUGGUUUUUUUUUUUCGUAGAUGCACACUAACAGACAGAUGCACACACACACACUCAAAACAGACAAAAAAAGGACACACAGACAAAAAAGAAAACAAGUACACAGACACACACACACACACACACACACACACACACACACACACACACACACACACACACAGACAAAUGCACUUGACAGAACACACAGACCCACACACAUGGACACAUUUCAAACUAGGACCGCUUGGGGGGUUUGCUGACAACUUGAGGGGGUGAAAAUGUGGGGGGAUUGGGAGGGUUUGUUUGGCCAGCUUGGAAGUUGGAGCUAUUCUUUUUUUUUUUCCUCUCCUCCUUCUUUUCCUCGCCAUUGUGCAAGUAGUCAUUGGGGCAGCGCAAGGCAGCGCUGCUUUGCCAGGCUGUGCCGAGUCGGACCGGGUCUGCUCCGGUCCGGACGGGACGGGUCGGGCUGGACUGGGCCAGGUAGGAGCUUUACGCAAGCGGAAACCUGCGGACCGCUCCAGGAGGGGAGCUGAAUUCACUCGCAGCCAGCGCCUUCCACGCCCCUCAUGGAGGAAGAAUCCAUCCGGCCGGCCCACGGGCCUACUGCACGGGAGGCUGGGGUGGACCGGGGUGGACCGUGGGGGGGGGGGCGCUCCCAGCUCAGAGCGGGUCUCCACACCGUUUUACUUUUGUGUUCUUUUUUUUCUCAUUUUAUUUUUGUUCGUUUAUUUUGUUUUAUUUCGUUCCCUCCCCACCCAAAAAAUGUUCUGUAAUAUGUAAAUACCUAAAAUAUAAAACAUUUCAGUUUAAAAAAUUUACAUUCAAAAGUACAAUUUGUUUUGUUUUUAUUAUCGACAAUUUGUUUUUCUUUGAUAAGGUCCUCUGCAGUACUCAUAUUAACUGUAUUAAUUAUGCGAUUGUAAUAAUUAUUAUUGUAAUUAUUUUUUGUUAUGAUGUUCAAGAGAAGAAUGAAAAGGGUUCUUUUAUUUUUUUUUUAAUGUUAUGUUGUCUUUCUGUGUGUGAUGGGUGGGUAAGACAGAACUGAUUUAGCUCUGUGGAGUAAUUGUGCUGUUGCUGGUCCUUAUCUUCGUUUAUUGUUUUUGUUUUGGCCAUUAAAUAAAUCUAUCUUUUUCAUA